AUGAAAUUGCCCUACUCUUUUAAUUUUAUUAUACCAUGCUUGAUUUUAACAUGCUUUUGCCUGUUCGUGGUACCCGCGGAAUCUGCUCCACAAAACUUUACCUACACAGAGAAUCCCAGCCACACUGAAUUUUCAAACUCAAUACCUCGCAUAAAUAAGCUCGCAACUUAUGAAGACGGGACGGUUCUUGUCCAUCUCAUACGAAGGAAUCCUGACAAUACCUGCGCACAACGAUUUUCUGCUUUAUUAAAUGAAUCGGGCGCCUGUUUAGAACAAUCGUUAUUUCUCAGGAUUAUCGACUUAAAUGGAACGGUCACGGAGAUUAAUCUAAAUAAUACAAAUUUGGGACUAGAUCCCGUAAAUUUCUUUGCAUUUGUUAGCGACCUCGGAAUUACUACGAAUCCCAUUAGUGUAUUUCCCUUGCAAAGUCCUUUCAUCCUAGUAAAUUAUGUGAAUAUGACGAAUUCCUCCGAUGUUAAAACUUACGAGGAUUGGGGAAUGGUGAUAGACUGGUCCGGUAAUAUUUAUAGCAAAUUGAAAUAUGGUAAAUCCUACGUGGCUCCGGACGGUCAUUGGAGUCCAAAUUACUCAAUCAACUUAAAUAUAAAUCCGGCAAUGGGUUUUCUUAGAUUUUCGACCAUAACCACUUCCAACGCCAUAUGGCAGCAAUACGUCGUGGAUAAUUCAGGGCAGCUAUCUUUGCUGUCACAAGACUCUUUUACGGUGCCCAAUUUCUCCAGUUUCUCUGUUAACGUAUUCUCGACCGUUGAUCAGGGGUAUGCCAUAGUGUACGCCAACUCAUCAGCUUCCACCGGAAACAACAACACCGGCAUAUUCAAUACACUCGGCGGAGUGUAUGCUUUCUUUUUAUCAUACGGUCAAAAUAUCACCGGCAACUCGUAUAUCCUCUAUCAAACACCCAUUCCCAAUCUAACAUUUCGGACCGUUUUUUGUGAUAUAGCCUUUGUUGGUGUUGGUCAUGUGUGCACAGUUUCAGUGUCCCAAACCGUCCAAAACACCACCGACGCUUAUUAUUUGAAAAUAUUCUUCCUAUCAUCGGGGUCAGUGUUGUCAUUCACUCCGAUAUCAAUAUCAAAUCUAACUCUGUCAAACGUUAAUGUGAGCUUUACUGGAUGGAGUGUAACGGAAAUGCCUUUUGGUGGCUACACGCUGAAUGCCAUAACACCGUUGACGCUUAGCACAACUAAUUACUACCUUUAUGCUUAUGGAGAAAACGAUGUUCAAGUUAAUACGGGUCUAACGCAGCCAAUGGUUUCAAAUGUUUUUGGUAUGAGUACCAUCAUAAAAACCAACAAUACUUUCUUACUUGCACUACCGGAAUCGAUCAACUCUUGGACCUUGUUCGCCGACCAGUUGCCCAAGGUUGCCGGAAAUCUAGAUCACGGUUACAACAAUCUCCAGGUCAACACCACCAACCCGAGCAUAAACGCUGUUGUCUCACAGACGGACACCAAUAUUACCAUCACCUUCUAUAAUGCUGUUGACCUGUCCGUCGGUAACAUAACCAUCUACCAAAAUGUCAACCCCACCAGCGGAAAUCUUCGACAAACAAUUGCAGGGUUAAGUAGUUAUUGUCAAGUUAGCGCCGACGGUUUAACUGUCACGGUGCCGUUGAUUAGCAGCACUUUUAAUCAGCCUGGAAAACAAUAUUACGUGGAAAUGGAUAAUAAUUUCGUAAAGAGUCGGGAUUAUCAGGAACCUCUAACGGGAAUUAGAAGUCGAGUUUGGUUGGUCACAACAGACAAUUUUCCGAAGACUUCUUCUAGUACGCUGCCGUUCACGGGCACCGCUGGUAUCCUUCGUCUCACUCCGGCCGCCUCCACAGCAUUCCAAGGGCUUUCGUCAUCACAACGGGAAGACUACUUUACCAACCUCUUGCAGGAGAUUUCAGAUAAAGUGCCGGUCCGAUUAUCUCGACUGAGUUCAAGUCAGAAGUAUCAGAUCGUUAACCCCGGUACCUCCUCUCAGCAAGUGUUGCUUUCCAUUAACAUAGACACACCGCAAAGUAAUGACGACGUAGGCGUUCCAAGGAUAAUAAGCGAUCUUGAUACUAUGAUCAAAAAUAAACAAAUCACCAACUUGUCCACUGGUGUGACAAACGAUCUAGACUCGAAUUAUGGUUUUACGCCAUCCCGAUCUAUGGCAAAGCGCGACGCUCAAAAUCUUGCAAUCCUUCAACUUGGCCUGAUCGUUUGUACUUUUGUUCUCGAGAUCAUCUUCGUUUCUAAUAAUGCCAAAGACAUACAACAGCUGUUCUUGCCGAGCGUCUUAUUCCUCAUCGUUCCAUUGGUGGUGAACACCAUGUUGGCCUUCUACAUCAUCAGCAAGGAAAACAUCAGAUCAAAGUUUUACGAAUGGUUCUACAAGAAUGGAAAGAUUGCCUCCAUAUUCACCGUCAUUGCAGCAGCUGAUAUCGAGGCUUUGAUGAUUUUGCAGUCAAAUUUGGCUGGCCUGUCAUUCUUCCAAGCUCCAUUCUCGGAUGAUGCCGUGGCCUUGAUAUUUUGGGGAGCGUGUCUGAACAUUUUCAUCAAGAAUAUUCCGCAAGUCACCAUUCAGAUCCCGUCACUCACUUUGGACAAAAAUGAUCCGUUGUCUCCCGACACUUCUGGAAAGAAGGGAUUUCUAAGGAGAUCUGGUGGUAAGAGGAAUAGUCGAAGUGGCAAAAGGAUGAGCGAAAUUAUUGUUGAUGGUGAAAUGAGAAAUAUCGAGGAAUUGAGAAAUGAUGAAUUAACAAAUGUCGAAUUGCAAAAUAUUGAUGGAUCCGAGAGUAAUGACGACGGAACACUUUAUGGCGACAUCCCCGGCGCUCAAAAUUUUCAGACAACACUGACGCAGGAACAAUUUGAGGAAAAGGAUAACAUCAUGAGAGUCAGCGGACAAUCCAAUAAUUCCGGCAACGUGGUCAUCAACACACCCAUCGGAAAGAUCGCUCAAGGAGCAAAUAUUCUUAUCAGUUGGGAACUUUCUGGCCCCACGCCGAUGCUCCUUGGUUCUCUCCGCAUCCAGAACAAGAACACGGGAGAGUCUACAAAUAUUAACGAUUCCCUCGACCUGUCGAUUCGUAGGCUCCAAUGGAGGGUGAACGUUUCUCCCGGAACUUACAUCCUGGCCAUCAACGAUGGAAGUGGGGAAAGGUUUUCUGGGGAAUUUCAGAUUGUUCAAGGAAGAACCAUUGGCGAAGGGGGUAGCAGGGACACGGGUGGUGGUGGAGGGAGUGUGAUCGCGAAAGGAAGUACGACCAUUAAUCCGGUGCGAAAUAACGUGAACACUCCGAGCGAUUCAAGACCACCGGAAAUUUCCUUCGCGAAACCGGAACGAGUUGCCCCAACUGUUACUAUUUCUGUGUAG